UCCUGUAAAAUGGCAGGGAGAAAAGUACUAGUAUUUUAUGCAUAUCAAGAGCCCAAAUCUCUGAAUGGAUCGUUAAAGAAUCGUGCAGUAGAAGAAUUGAGCAAACAGGGCUGCAACGUCAUCAUGUCUGAUCUCUACACAAUGCGAUUUGAGCCAAGAGCAACAAGAAAUGACAUCAUCGGUUGCCUGCACAACUCAGAACACGUUGAUUAUGGAGUGGAAUCAUGGGAAGCUUACAAAAGAAGAUGUUUGACCAGUGAUUUGAUUGAGGAACAGAAGAAGGUUCAAGAAGCUAAGUUAGUGAUUUUUCAGUUUCCCUUGUAUUGGUUCAGCAUGCCUGCCAUCAUGAAGGACUGGACAGACAGAGUCUUGGUCCAAGGAUUUGCUCACAACUUCCCGCAGUGUUAUGGUGAUGGCUUGCUCAAGCUGGGUGGAAGGGGGGAGGAGAAGGGGGAGCGGGCCUCGGAGAGUAGGUAUCAGCCCAGGUUGUUGGUAAAAGAGCUGAAGCGAGACAGCAGUGGCUCGAACUUCCUGAAUCUAAUGCUCUGUGAAAAAGCAGAAAGUAGAAUAAUUGACAUACCUCAAGAAACCACCACAAGUCCUUCAACAUAA